GAACCUGUCGAGCAACCUGGACGGUUGGAGCCUGGAGAAAACUCGCGCUCGGCUGGCCAAAGCUCGCUAUUGUCCUCGUGAGCUCCCCGUGGAGACUGGAUACUCUCGGCGCUCACUCACCGUCUUUGUGUUCUUGGUCGUGACUCUUAGCAAAGAGGCAUGCUGAGCCGCCCACAAUGAGCCAUUUAAAACCUCGCUAUCAGAUUGGACAGUCGGCGCCUCGUCCAACGUUGAUCUGGGCCAUCUUGGGGGCAUGCCGCAUCUCUGCACCACUACCCACCAUUGCAGUCCUCGGAAAUGGCCCCGGUUACCCCCUCCCGGAAUCGUGCAUCGAAUCGCCCGUACAGAUACACCUGCACUGUGCCUCCACUCCCGCGUUCUAUCGAGUGCGGGGAUUUGACGGCCCUGAUUCUCCUGCGCUUGCUACCAUUCUAACGUGCGUGGAAGAAGCCUCAUUCUGCUGCCGUUCGAGUCUACAGUCCCUCCUUCCGAGUCAGUCGGAUCUAGCAAAGUUGGAGAAGGAUGGGGGUCUUCAACGAAUCGACGCCUCCAGAGUCUUGGCCGUCGAUGACAUGCGCUUUCUGGCACACAAUGAUAUGCGGCUUUUUUACCCCAAUGUCGCCUCGUUUGGCAGCUCUAAGACAAGGCCAUUUCCAAGUAUAGUUGAUCCUUCUUGGCUCACGAGUACAGCCCGCAAUCUUCCUCUGGGCCGUGUGAGGUCAAGACUCGAAAGAUUGAGCGAGAAAAGGGCCAACGGAAUCGGAGGGUCCAUUCUCGUGGCAUCGUCGUACCGAUUCCAUCUUGGAGGGGAAAGUUGAACCCAAAGUCUUGGCCAGCGACCUGGGCCCUGGGGACCUUGGCUUUCUACCAACCUCCCAAAGACAGUGCGGGUGCUUGUACGGAGUGCGAGUCUACCAUUUGACAGCUCUUCGGGAUAGGUACUUGAGCUCUAGUUCGAUCCUUCUUCACAGUACGGAUACCAGUCUACAGAUGCUAGUCACGCCAG